AUGGAUGAAAUUAGAGCUACUUUGGCCCAGUUGAUGGGCAAGUUUGAGGAGCCCGAGGAUGUGGAAGAAACCAAGUCCUUCCUUGACUCGGACGUUUGCAGGAUGUUUCUCACUGGCAUCUGCCCUCACGACUUAUUUGAGAAUACGAAGCAUUACCUGGGCGAGUGCAAAAGGCUCCAUUCCGAGCGUCUGAGGGAAAAGUACAUGAAUGAACGCAAGAGUCGCUACUUUGGUUUUGAAGUCGACACUCUACGCACGAUUCAGCCCAUGAUUGACGACUGUGAUAAGAGAAUCAGCAAGGGGAAGGCCAGGGCUGAAGAUGAUGGAGGAAGGAAGCCGACCAUAGAUCCGCUGGUGCUGAAUGAAGCCAAGAGAAUCGAUGACCAGAUCCAGGCCAAAAUGACGCUUGCGGAUGAACUUGGCAUGAAUGGAGAUGUUGAACAGUCGUUUAAAAUCGUUGAGGAGGUGGAGCUGCUUAAAAAGACAAAGUUGGAGAUGUUGGAAAAGGCUGGUGAGGCCUCCUACCAGCAGAGACUCAAGCCCUGUGAUAUCUGCGGAGCGCUCCUAUCUGCUACGGAUAGCGACCGCAGGUUGACAGAACAUUAUAGUGGCAAAAUCCAUAUUGGAUUUCAAAAGUUGCGCGAUAUGGCAAAGACCCUUACAGCCUACAUAAAUGAGAAUAGACCUCAGAGGACAAGCGCCAGGACAGAGGCCACAAGCGAUCCAAAGGAGAAGGAAGAGGUUGCAUCUGCACCUGCAAAUGAAACUCGUCAUCAUUCGAAUAAAGAUCGCAGGAGUCGUUCGUAUAAUAGACACGACAGACGUCAUGAUCACAGUCGCAAUAGAAAGAGUUGUAGGCGCAGAAGUAGAAGUAGGUCGAGGACUCCGCCUAGACACAGGGAUAGAGAUAGAGACAGAUCGAGAUCCCGUGAUAGGUCAAGAGAUCGCUCUAGGAACAGAGAUAGACGUCAUAGGUAA